AUGAUUUAUCGAGGAAAUGAAGAUGAUAGACGAUGCGGAAAUUUCCAAUCAUCAUUGAAUUAUCAAUAUCGAUAUCAAUCAAUCAAAAUACGUUCGUCAUAUCAACACAUAAACGCUGCUGUCAUCAGAAGUUCGCCCGUUUUGCUCCAAGUUAUAGUGACAUCUAUCAGCAGAUCGAAAAUUAAUCAAGGAAACUAUCCAAUCCAGACAUUUGAACAAUCCAAUUUCAUUUACUCAUUUUCGCUUGUCAUCAUGUCGGACAAGAUUACAUUUUUCGUGCCGUAUCACACUGGUUAUGCUCAUGCUGAAUUGGUUCGUUCGUUUUCAUCUUAUACAGAUGUUCAUUUAUUUAUUUAUAAAUGGAAUCCGGCACGUCAGCGUGUCCAAGAGCAUUUUUCUACUGAAAAUCGAAUCUUUUGCCAUGAAUUCAGUCUCGACAACAUUCUCGCUGAGAUCAACAAUGCAAAGCAUCGAAAAGUUGUUUUUCUCCUAACUGCCUCUACCAAUUACUUAUUUGGACAAUUACAACUUCGCUUAUUUCGUAUUCUACAACAAUAUAUUCCAUCAAUAAUUGAUGUUUAUCCAAUCGGACAUUGUAUGUAUGGUUGUCAAAGUUGUGCAUAUGCUUAUACACACUGUCUUCCGAUAACAUUUACAAAUUACAUUCUAACGAAAGAUGACGAAGUCCAAUUCGAAAGAGACUUCGAAAUUCUCGUUUGUCCAAGUUAUUCGUUCCAAGGUGCACCAUUUAGUUUCCUCUCGAACGAAGAAAUUAUUCAAUAUCUACUAACGCUGAAAUAUUCUCAUGCAAUUAAAUUACACCCGUUGGCUUUAGAAAGUGACCGACAUCCAUUUUUGUCUUUAACUGAUUUAGAACGUCAACAUGUGCAGAAGUUAUCCGAAUCCGUGAAUGUCCUUCGAAAUAACCAAAUAAGCACGUUAAAGUUACUUGAACAUGCGCGUGUGAUUAUUUGUGAUUCGAAUUCCUCUAUUCCAUUCGAAGCACUUUACUUUCAAGAUAAAAAAUAUGUGUUCGUUUACGAAACGGAAAAUGAAUAUGACGAACAAGAUGAUCGACAAAAUUAUUUUCAUAAGUUUCAGACUGCGAAACAACUGAACGAUUUAAUCGAGAAAUACGUUCAUCAGCAACUCGAAUGUAAAACAGAGAAUAGCCAUGAAUUCUUUUUAGAAAAAUACGACGAACCGACUGGAAAUGAAAUUGAACAGUUAGCAAAUGUACGGCAAUGGACAAACUUAGACGAAGAAGAGCCAGCCGAGGAAAAUUUUGAUAAGAAUGAAGUCAAACAAGCCGUUCAAGAAGACUUUAAAUCAAUUUUAACGCCCAUGGCGUUGUAUGUACUAGGUGAUCAUACAAUGUCUCAAGUAACUGAACUGCUUUUUAAAGAUGAUCAACAACUAUUUGAUACAAUGCAAAAUAAUGUUGAUGAACUUUAG